CCUGAACCUGCCCUCUUUGCUCGCUUUCCACAUCCGCUGCUACUAGUAAUGUGCUCACGGUGAGGAAGUCUGUUGUGUCGUUAGCCAUGUUCGGUUGUCAAGGGGGCAGGGUUGCCGCGAAAUUUCUCAGAUCCUCGACACAAUGUCGCUUUGCCAGUCAAGCAUCCGCCGGGGCCCGGUUGAACCGGCCGAUCGACAUGAAGAAGGUCCCAUUCCUACAUCAGUCACAAAACAGUGCUAGAACGGCAUUUGGCCUUUCACAAGAUGCUCCUGUCGACUGGGUGAAUCUCCACGGGGCGAUCAAUGCUUCAUUACACCAUGCCCUGAAGCAGGACGAGAACGUGCUUUUGUUUGGCGAAGACGUGGCUUUCGGGGGUGUCUUUCGAUGUUCCAAGGGUUUGGCGGACGAGUUCGGAGCGGCUCGAGUAUUCAACACGCCUUUGUCCGAGCAGGGCAUCGUGGGAUUUGCUAUAGGAUGUGCAGCGGAAGGGAUGAGACCAGUUGCCGAAAUCCAGUUCGCCGACUACGUCUAUCCUGCUUUUGAUCAGCUUGUCAAUGAAGCUGCCAAGUUCCGGUACCGGGAAGGGGCAACAGGUGCACACUGCGGCGGCCUUGUCGUGCGGAUGCCUUGUGGAAGCGUCGGACACGGGGCCAUGUAUCAUUCUCAGAGCCCGGAGGCUUUGUUUACACAUAUCCCAGGAUUACGGGUCAUCAUGCCUCGGUCACCGGCGCAAGCCAAGGGUCUCUUGACAGCAUCCAUCCUGGAGUGCAACGAUCCGGUCAUCUUCAUGGAGCCGAAAAUCUUGUACCGUGCUGCCGAGGAAUUUGUGCCGCGCGAAGCCUACACCCUACCCUUGGACAAAGCCGAGGUCAUCAAGAAGGGUACGGAUUUGACGGUGAUUUCAUACGGACAACCAUUAUAUAUGUGCUCGCAAGCCAUCGAGGCUCUGGAGAAGGAAAUCAAAGGACUGAGCGUGGAACUUAUUGAUUUGAGGGCAAUUUAUCCUUGGGAUCGCGCUACCGUCCUGGAGAGUGCCAGGAAGACUGGCAGGGCCGUCGUUGUUCAUGAAAGUAUGUACAAUGCCGGUGUCGGUGCUGAGAUUGCAGCAAGCAUCCAGGAAGGCGCCUUUCUGCGACUAGAGGCACCGGUGCAGAGGGUCACGAGUUGGAGUACCCAUCAUGGCCUGAUUUUCGAAAAGUUUUAUAUUCCAGACAUUGCUAGGAUAUACGACGCAAUGAAGAAGAGCUUGGAGUACUAGGGAAUCUGCAAAGUUGCCGAACCAGUAUGGAAAGGAAUCUGCGCCGCGUUGGAUGAAGACCGAAUCACGAGCCCUAUCGGUUGUGUCGGACGCCCCCGGCUUCUGCAUGCAGAAUGGUAGCCUCGCAACAGCCAGGGCAGUCAAGCGGCAUUGCUGCGGCCAUCCUCACGUGCAGAUCUGUGUGCAAUGAUCAGAUAAGCACGCAACUCCCAUGUCAAAACCAUCAAAUAUCGAUAGGUCGGCGACAUCGAGUGUCCUCAAUCCCAGGCUACACAAUAGGGGCAUUGGGGUCCUUGCAAAGAAUAAUGUCCGAGAACGUCAAUGAAUCCUAGCGGGACGGUUCGUGGAAGAGAAGUGACAGGAUGAUCCCGGGGUUGGGAUUUAUACAUUCGCAAAGAAAUCGCCUUUGCCCGCGCUUGCUACUGUGCAAGCUGAAUUUUAAAAAGCGACAACGCCCGAAGCGCCGCUUAUACGACAGUGUGCGAUGUCAAAGCUUCAGGGCUUCAGGGCUUGGUCUAAUGAUUAUAUUGUGGCAUUUUUCCGUCAUAAAUAUGGAUUGAAUAUACUUUAGCAGGCAAAGCAACAAAAGUAGUCAAAUGGAUUCUUUAGCCACCGA